AUAGUAAGGAACCAGAUACUUUUAUCAACAUUUGAGCUAAGAUGAAGGACAUGCAACUCAAAAUUAAUUUUCUACUUGGCCUAGUUAUCACUGCACUACUACAAGUUGUAGGAAGAAAAGUAGACUGCCCAGAGUCAUGUAUAUGCGAGAUCAGACCUUGGUUCACCCCCAGGUCUGUGUAUAUGGAGGCACCAACAGUGGACUGUAAUGAUUUAGGUCUUUCUAAUUUUCCAGCCAGACUGCCCGCUGACACACAGGUUCUACUUCUACAGACUAAUAAUAUUGCAAAAAUUGAACAAUCAGUAGACUUGCCAGUGAAUUUAACUGGUCUGGAUUUAUCUCAAAAUAAUUUAUCUUCAGUGACCAGUAUAAAUCUUAGAAAAAUACCACAUCUGCUUUCAGUGUACCUUGAGGAAAACAAACUUACUGAACUCCCUGAAGAAUGUCUCUCUGGACUCCACAAUUUACAAGAGCUCUAUAUUAAUCAUAACCUGCUUUCUGUGAUUGCACCGGGAGCUUUCAGAGGCCUCAAAAAUCUUCUCAGACUUCAUCUCAAUUCAAAUAGCCUGCAAAUGAUCAACAGUAAGUGGUUUGAAGCUAUUCCUAAUCUUGAGAUUCUCAUGAUUGGAGAAAAUCCAAUAAUCAGAAUCGAAGAUCUUAACUUUAAGCCUCUGAUCAAUCUGCGAAGCUUAGUUUUAGCAGGCAUAAAUCUCACUGAAAUACCUGAUAAUGCUUUGGUUGGCCUUGACAAUUUAGAAAGUAUAUCAUUUUAUGACAACAGAUUUGUUAGAGUGCCCCACAUUGCUCUUCAAAAGGUUGCAAACCUUAAAUUUCUGGAUUUAAAUAAAAAUCCCAUUAACAGAAUACGAAGAGGAGAUUUUAGCAAUAUGUUGCACCUUAAAGAGUUAGGAAUUAAUAACAUGCCUGAACUGAUUUCGAUAGAUAGCCUCGCUGUUGAUAAUUUACCAGAUUUAAGAAAAAUAGAAGCAACCAACAACCCCCGGUUAUCAUAUAUUCAUCCAAAUGCAUUCUGCAAACUUCCCAGGCUGGAAUCUCUCAUGCUCAACAGUAAUGCACUGAGUGCCCUGUACCGCAGCACCAUUGAGUCCUUGCCUAACCUGAAGGAAAUUAGUAUACACAGCAAUCCCAUUAGAUGCGAUUGUGUCAUCCGCUGGAUUAACAUGAAUAAAACAAAUAUUCGCUUCAUGGAACCAGAGUCACUGUUUUGUGUGGACCCUCCUGAAUUCCAAGGCCAGAAUGUGAGACAGAUACACUUCAGGGAAAUGAUGGAAAUCUGUCUUCCCCUGAUAGCUCCUGAAAGUUUUCCAUCUACUCUUGAUGUAAAAUCUGGCAGCCAUGUUUCCUUACACUGCAGAGCAACAGCAGAACCAGAACCUGAAAUCUACUGGAUAACACCAUCCGGACACAAACUUUUGCCUAAUACCAUUUCUAAUAAAUACUACAUCCAUUCUGAAGGAACACUGGACAUAAGUGACAUAACACAAAAAGAAAGUGGCUUAUAUACAUGUAUAGCGACAAAUUUAGUAGGGGCAGACUUAAAAUCAAUCAUGAUUAAAGUGAAUGGCUCUUUCCCUCAGGACAGCAAUGAAUCUUUGCAUAUUAAAAUAAAAGAUAUAAAGUCUAAUUCUGUUUUAGUUUCAUGGAAAGCAAGUUCUAAAAUUUUCAAGUCCAGCGUUAGAUGGACAGCCUUCCUGAAAGAGAACUCUCAUGCUGCACAGAGUGCUCGAAUUCCAUCUGACAUAAAGGUCUAUAAUCUUACACACUUAAAUCCAUCGACUGAAUACAAAAUUUGUAUAGAUAUUCCCACUAUCUAUCCACAGAAUAAGAAGCAAUGUGUCAAUGUAACCACAAAAGGACUCGACACUGCGGUGAAAGACUAUGAAAAGAACAACGUACUAGGAUUCCUCGCCUGCCUUGGUGCUCUUCUGGGAAUCAUCUCUGUGGUGUAUCUCUACAGUGGCAUCUCACAAGAGAUGAACUACGAUGUAGGACACAGCUAUUUAAAGAAUUAUCUGAAGAAACAAACCUUUUCACUCAACGAGCUUUAUCCUCCUCUAGUCAGUCUUUGGGACAUGGGCAAAGAAAAAAGCACAGCCCUGGAAGUAAAGGCAACUGUAAUAGGUGUACCAACCAAUAUGUCAUAAAUGUGUGACUGUAUUAACUUAAUUGCUGAAAUAAAAAAGCACAUGACUUCAUUUGUGCUAAAUAAAAAG